AAGUAGGGGUGGCAGAGGCUCCACGGGAUGCUGACUGGCUUUUGCUUCUCUUACCAGCACUGUGGGACCGGGGUAGAAGAAUCCACCGGGACCACUCCUCCGGCUGCCUCUCCGGAAUGAGGCUUCAGCGCCCGCGCGGGACAGCCCCCUUACUCAUCCGAGAGAGCCCGAGGAGAGGCCGAAGCCGAGAAAGAUGCCUGGGAAGCUGAAGGUGAAAAUCGUGGCCGGGCGCCAUUUGCCAGUGAUGGACCGAGCUAGUGACCUGACUGAUGCCUUCGUGGAGGUAAAAUUUGGUAAUACCACCUUUAAAACAGAUGUGUAUCUCAAGUCCCUCAACCCUCAGUGGAACUCAGAAUGGUUUAAAUUUGAGGUGGACGAUGAAGAUUUACAAGAUGAACCUCUACAGAUCACAGUUCUUGACCAUGACACAUACAGUGCAAAUGAUGCCAUUGGUAAAGUGUACAUUGAUAUUGACCCUUUACUCUACAGUGAAGCUGCAACAGUCAUCUCAGGGUGGUUUCCAAUUUAUGAUACCAUACAUGGUAUCCGUGGGGAAAUCAAUGUAGUUGUAAAAGUAGACCUCUUCAAUGAUUUAAAUCGAUUUAGGCAGUCAUCAUGUGGAGUCAAAUUCUUUUGCACAACAUCUAUUCCAAAGUGCUAUAGAGCUGUAAUAAUUCAUGGGUUUGUAGAAGAGCUUGUAGUCAAUGAAGACCCAGAAUAUCAAUGGAUUGAUCGAAUUCGUACACCAAGGGCAUCAAAUGAGGCCAGACAGAGACUCAUUUCUUUAAUGUCAGGUGAACUGCAGAGGAAGAUUGGCUUGAAAGUACUUGAAAUGAGAGGAAAUGCAGUUGUUGGGUACUUACAAUGUUUUGAUCUGGAAGGCGAAUCUGGGUUAGUGGUACGCGCCAUAGGAACAGCAUGUACACUGGAUAAACUAAGUAGCCCGGCAGCAUUCCUUCCUGCAUGUAAUUCCCCAUCCAAAGAAAUGAAGGAGAUUCCCUUCAAUGAAGAUCCCAAUCCCAAUACUCACUCAUCAGGACCCUCAACCCCUCUGAAAAACCAAACUUAUUCCUUUUCACCUUCCAAGUCCUACAGUCGACAGUCCUCUUCUUCUGACACAGAUUUGAGUUUGACACCCAAAACUGCACCUUACCCACAGGGGCCUAGGAUUUACCUGUGUCCCAGCUCCCCCUCUCUCUCUUGUGGUUCCCUUCAUCUUAAAAAGUCCUGUCUCCUCCUCUCGGAGUCUAGCCUUCCCCCUCAUCACUCUAGCCUUGUCAGCCCAGUUCUGAGGAAAAGUGUUUCUUUCAGUGAAGAGCUGUUCCUGGCUGCUUCUGGAAUGGGAAGUGGUAGUGCUGGAAAAGAAGGGGGGCCGUUUAAAGCUCUUUUAAGACAACAGACUCAGUCAGCACUGGAACAAAGGGAAUUUCCAUUUUUUACCUUGACGGCAUUUCCUCCUGGAUUUCUCGUGCAUGUUGGGGGUGUUGUUAGUGCACGUUCUGUGAAGCUUUUGGACCGCAUCCACAAUCCUGAUGAACCAGAAACUCGAGAUGCGUGGUGGGCAGAAAUCAGACAAGAAAUAAAAUCACAUGCUAAAGCAUUAGGCUGUCAUGCUGUAGUGGGCUACAGUGAAUCAACUAGCAUCUGUGAAGAGGUCUGUAUUUUAUCUGCAUCCGGCACGGCAGCUGUACUGAACCCUAGAUUUCUGCAGGAUGGCACCGUGGAGGGCUGUUUGGAACAGAGGCUAGAAGAAAAUUUGCCUGUAGGUUGUGGAUUUUGCCACAUACCAUAUGACGAACUGAAUAUGCCAUUUCCAGCUCAUCUCACAUACUGCUAUAACUGCAGGAAACAGAAAGUUCCUGAUGUUCUCUUUACAACUAUUGACCUCCCAACAGAUGCAACAGUUAUUGGAAAAGGUUGUCUUAUUCAAGCAAGGUUAUGUCGUUUAAAAAAGAAAGCACAGGCAGAAGCAAAUGCCACAGCUAUCAGUAAUCUGUUGCCAUUUAUGGAAUAUGAAGUACAUACUCAGCUAAUGAAUAAACUAAAACUGAAAGGAAUGAAUGCUUUAUUUGGACUGAGAAUUCAGAUCACAGUGGGUGAAAAUAUGUUGAUGGGCUUAGCGUCGGCCACAGGUGUGUAUUUAGCUGCUUUACCAACGCCCGGUGGUAUUCAGAUUGCUGGGAAGACUCCUAAUGAUGGCUCCUAUGAACAGCACAUAUCUCAUAUGCAAAAGAAGAUAAAUGACACAAUUGCUAAGAAUAAAGAAUUAUAUGAAAUUAAUCCUCCGGAGAUAUCCGAAGAGAUUAUAGGGUCACCCAUCCCGGAACCUAGACAGCGCUCAAGACUUUUAAGAUCUCAGUCAGAAAGCUCUGAUGAAAUUACAGAAUUGGACCUUUCACAUGGGAAAAAAGAUGCUUUUGUUUUGGAGAUUGAUGACACAGAUGCUAUGGAAGAUGUACAUUCUCUGCUUACUGAUGUUCCUCCCCCUUCAGGCUUUUAUAGUUGUAAUACAGAAAUUAUGCCUGGUAUAAAUAAUUGGACAUCAGAAAUACAGAUGUUCACAUCAGUAAGAGUAAUCCGAUUAAGCAGCCUUAACCUGACUAAUCAAGCCCUUAAUAAGAACUUUAAUGAUCUCUGUGAAAAUUUGCUCAAGAGCCUGUAUUUUAAACUACGGUCUAUGAUCCCCUGCUGCCUUUGCCACGUAAAUUUUACAGUAUCUCUGCCUGAAGAUGAAUUAAUACAGGUUACAGUCACAGCAGUUGCAAUAACUUUUGACAAAAAUCAGGCUUUACAGACCACAAAAACACAUGUUGAAAAGUCAUUGCAAAGAGCCUCUACAGAUAAUGAAGAACUUCUGCAGUUUCCACUGGAGCUCUGUUCAGAUUCGCUUCCUUCUCAUCCUUUUCCACCAGCUAAAGAACACCUGGAGAGUGCAAGUUCUAACUCAGGUAUACCAGCUGCACAGAGAGCAACGUCAGUUGAUUACAGUUCCUUUGCAGACAGAUGCAGCAGCUGGAUAGAGCUCAUUAAACUGAAAGCUCAGACCAUAAGGCGCGGAUCAAUUAAGACAACUGUCACCGUUGAAAAAGCAAGUCCAAUGGGUGAAGGAAAUUUCCGGAACCGUUCUGCUCCACCUUGUGCAAAUUCUACGGUUGGGGUUGUUAAGAUGACACCUCUUUCUUUCAUUCCUGGAGCAAAAAUAACUAAAUAUCUUGGGAUAAUUAACAUGUUUUUUAUCCGGGAAACCACUUCUCUUCGUGAGGAAGGAGGAGUCAGUGGUUUUCUCCAUGCUUUCAUUGCUGAAGUGUUUGCAAUGGUGAGAGCUCAUGUCGCUGCAUUAGGAGGGAAUGCUGUUGUCUCCUACAUAAUGAAGCAGUGUGUCUUCAUGGAGAACCCAAAUAAAAACCAGGCACAGUGUCUUAUAAAUGUAAGUGGUGAUGCAGUGGUUUUUGUUCGUGAAUCCGAGUUAGAAGUGGUAUCAACCCAGCAGCCUACCGCCAACUGCCAGCCAUCAUGUACUGGAGGAGAAGUUACCACCUGAAGUAAAUUAGAAAGAGUUCAACUAAAUGAAAUUCAUCUGUCUCCAUUGUUUUGUCUUUAAUUAUCUUACUGGACUUUUAAAAGUGAACUUAAUUUCAGAUCAUUAAGAGAGAAUUGGUACAUUUUGAGUAGAUUUGAUUUGUCUCUAAUCUCUUGGAGGCAUGAGAAUUUUUAAACCAUGGUGUUUUGUUUGCCAAGCCACGCCCCAUGAAAUCUUGACCCUUCACUAAGUUCAGAUAGAUUUCUCAGAGAACUGUAGCAGAAAUGGAAGCUGUCUGUAAUUUAUGUUGACUUUAAUAAAAUCAUACUUUGAAACACAAAAUGGUGAGAUUAUCAAGAAAUUAUAAUAACUAUGCUGGUGUAAUUGAGAGAAAUGAAGCAAGAAAUUUACAAAUUGUUAAUGAAUAAAUAAUAUGAUUUGAGGAAUGUGUGGGAAAAUGGAGAAAAGUUUUGAGAAAUCUAUGUGUGUUUCUUAAUGCGUUUUAUUUUGAUAACUGAGUUUGGAAUUUGGUAACAACUGAAGGGGAAGAGUGCUUCAGCCAUCUUUUAAAAAGUUAAAAUUACUGUAACUUGGAUCCAUAUUGUGUCCUAACUGCUGUAAAAGAAAAUGUAAUUUAUUAGAACGAGUGUCCUUCCAUUGAAAGUUUUAAUAAUGUUUGUAAGGAGGGAGGAAGAAAUUAACUACAUAACUUUAUAACUGGCCAAAUUUUGUUAGUGUUUUUGUUAGUGUUUAAUUUGUCUAGAAGAGGCUUGGCUUCAACUGGGAAGAAAAAGGUCAGUGAGUUUUGUUGAAGUAGUUAAAAUAUAAUUGACCUAGUAGGAGUAUAAAGUUAUUUUUAAUAGAAUCAUACUGCACUCCUACCAAAUAAACAGAACUAUAUCUUAGGCAUUUUUGAUGGUAAGUUAGAUUGUAUUUGGCAUAGAAUUUGGAGAUGUAACUUGAAUGUAAAUAUGCUGCAGAGUGUUGAAUGUAUACGUAGAAACACCUUUUCUGUCAAUGCCAAAUACCUAGUGCAAAUGAACCUUAAAAAGUACAUUCCUCCUUUGCACAAUAAAAUUUCUGUAUAAAACUCGUGAUUUCGCUCUUUCAGGAUAACAAACUACCCUAAAAAUUAGGAAUCAAUUCCUUGUUAUCACAGGUGUCAAUAUUUUUCUGUAUUUUGUUUAUAAUUUUAUUUUUUAAAUAAAAAGUUUAUAAACUGGAA